AUGAAGGCACCUUCUCUGGUACAGUGUCAUCCAGGGUUGGCGCCGUAUGCAGGACUCUACUCUCUCUUGGCCGUGUCUGCUGCAGCUACUCCAGUCACCACCACCACCCCCACCAACCGUGCCCCGCCACCCAUGUCACCACCCGCCCCACCCAUCACCACGCCCAUGGCAGGAGUUGUGCCCACGCAUGCCGUCCUAGCGCAGCUCCAUGCGUUAUGCGUCCAGCAGAAAGGUGUGUUCAGUUAUCUUUAUUUUGUUAAAGUUAUUGAUUUUACUUUUCAUCUUUGCAUUUCCAUAGAUGGUACAGAAGAAACAAGCACACGAGGUAAUGUAGGUGAAUUUAAAAGACUAAAGUCACCAAAUGAUGGCAGUGAAGAAGCAAAAAGAAAUCGUUUAGCUCCUCUGAUGGGUGAUCAAUGUUCACGUACCACUCCUGGCCUUCUGCAGGCAUAUGCCCAAGAACGCCGAACAAGACCUCACACUUCACCAUUAAUUAUACCUUCCACUAUACUUUCACCUACUCCUUCCUUAUCACCUACUAAUACACCAAUCUCAGUAGGUGAUGCAACACCAAGCUCAUGCCCACCAAUUGUGGCACUAACGCAAUUGGCUGUACCCCGUGUGGCUCCCCCUGCCACGGCUGUUGCUGGCGAUUCGACUCGAACGUCUCGUAAAACUGUACGCACUGAAGAACGACCUACUCCUUCUGUAACAGCUGGAGGAGGUAUUCCAGUGGGUAUUGCUGUUGCCCGCCAACGUCAGGAAUCUCGGCCACAAGAUGACUCUUUGGCAGGACCAUUGCCGUCUGGGGGUAGUUCCCCAGGAGGAACCACUUUACCUACCCACUGGCCACUUCCUCCAACACCAUGUACUCCUGGACUUUCAACAGCACCAUUUUGGCUCACUCAGAGUCAAUUUUCUGGUGUGGGAGUAGAUGCUGGUGUGGGAGCAGGAAUGGGUUUAGGCUACCAGUUUGCCAGAGACCCCUUGAGUGGCCACUACUAUCUCCUAUCACACCCACAUGCAAUACCAGACCCUGGUGGUCAUAGUUAUGUUUGGGCAGGAUAUGGAGGUGUUGCAGCUGCUUCUCCUGUUGUCAUACCACCACAACAGCUACUACUCCCUGAUGCUCAUUACCAUCGUGCUCUCCAUGCUCACACUGCUCUGCUGCAUGUUUCCCACCCACAUCCGCCCGUCCAUGCCUCGAAUCCUCCUUCCAUCAAGAGAGAGGACCCACUUACACCAGGAACACCAGAAGAGGAUCCCAAAAGCCGUCCAGUCAGUGUGCCCCCCUCUGGCCAAGGGGCUGCACCACCUGGAAGUGAAAUGACUCUACCAUCAGCUUUGCCUACUGGCCUGCGUCAUCUUCCUCCACCAUUCAUAUAUUCACCUCGAACUUCUCUACCAUAUUAUUGUCCACAGUCUACCCAUCCUGCGCCAUACUCCCUUCCUCCUUUUACACACCAACCAUCUACAACCAUUGGCUCUAGUCUUACUUCAACCCGAGCUGCCACUUUAACUACAUCACUAACCAAUACCAUCACUACGCCUGCUGAUAUAACAACCACUUUUUCAGUCCUACCCACAGCUCCUGUCACUAGUGUGGCAAAAGGUAUUGGCUUAGAUCAUUAUUCUUCACGGGGUUGUGAAGCUUUAGUGGCUACAGGUUCACCAGCACCUCACUCAGAAUCCAGUGAUGCAAUCAAUGUUACAUCCCAUUCAGAGGAAGAACCUGACAUGGAACUUCCUUUGUCACGCCCUCAUCCUCAAGGGGAUCUUCAGUGUUUACCAGUACCUUUUAAAAUCAAGCAAGAAAUCAAGGAAGAGGUCCCAUCUCCAGUAGGAUCCAGUAGAGAUGAGGCCUGUACUCCUGGUGUUGGGGAGACUGCAACUGAAGGACAACUGCCUCAGAAUCACAUCCCAGCAGUCAAAAAAGAAGCAUUUGGUAACUGUACGACCAGUCAACUCACAGAUGCAAAAAACUCUUCUGCAGCAGUAUUUCUGGGCCAUAGUACUCGAUCUUCAAUUGAAUCUUUACCAGUUUCAUACCCAGUAAUCUCAUCGAAAGGAAGUACUCCUGUAAAUUUUCAAAAUAACCCAGAUCUUCUAACAACUAAUAAAUUUACUGAUACAAGCAUUCAAGAAUCCCAGACUGCAUCAACUGAUGAGUCCUCUGCCAUAAUCCCUUCUGAAUCUCCAGCUAAUAUUUGCUUAAAACACACAACGCUCAGUAUCUCAGAAUCUAUUACUAGUUGUUCUGAAUUCGUUACUCCUCAGUAUUUUUCUGGAACUUCAACAAGCUGCACAAAUCCUCCUUCCAUUAACUCUCCUAGCCCUUCUACUACAAGCUGUGCUGACUCUUCAUCAGAUGAAUAUUCUAAGUCUUUGACCAUGAAUUGUUCUGAUGUGUCAUCCACUGGUUGCCCUGACCUUGACUACUCUGAACAGUCAGCUACCACUUGUUAUGGAAAUACAGUAAAAAGUUUUACUGAACCACCGACAACCAAAUGUUCUGAAUCUCCAACUUCUGACUAUUCUGAAUAUAACAUUACUUCUUGCUCUGGAAGCCAAAGAGUGAUUACUCCUGAGCAUUGCUGUGUGAAUUCCACUAAAUCUCAUGUUUCAAGCAAUUCUAAUCAAUCACCAGUCACAAAUAACCAAGAAACAUUAGUUGAAAACUACUCUGUUUCUUCUCCUUGUAGUGAAAUGGAACCUUUGUGUACUAGUGUCCACUCAGAAUCCAAUACAGCAGCAUAUGAAGAUCAGCACACAGAAAAUUGUCAUGCAUCAUGCACAACUUGUGAUGAUGCAGAGACUUCAUCACAAAGUCCAUCAUAUAUGGAUCUAAGUGGCCUGGAACUUUUGUCCCGGAGUGUUCUUCAACAUGCAAAUCGAUUAUCAGAUUUAUCAGAGGAGGAAACUUCUGAUAAUAAGUGCUCAUCGUCACCAAAAGAGGACAUGCAUGCAGAGGAAUAUACAAGUAGUUCUUUGCAGCAAGAAGAAGCACAUGUGAAGAAACCCUCUUCUUCUCCUCCACAAGAUGUAAAUACAGAAGAAUAUUUGCUCUCACAAAAGAAUGAUGCAUGUGUAGAUGAAUGUUUCUCAUCUCUAGAAAGAGUGAAUGCUGAUGAAUGUUCCUCACCAAGACAUGCAGAAAUACCUCCAGAAGAAUAUUCUUUCUCAGAGCCAGAGGAAACUUCUAUAAAUCUAAACACUUCAGUACAAGAUAGAGCAUCAGUAGAUAUGAAUUCUACCUCACCACAAGACAAAACUUCUGCAAGUGAAUGUUCUUUAUUGCAGGAGAGUGCACUUUCAGAUGAAUACCUUUCUGAUGAAGAGGGUAAGGACAGUCCAGAAAUACAAAAUAAUAUAUAUUCCACUGAAGAUGAGAUGUCUUCAGGUGUAGAUGAAGCAUGUACAAGAGGGGAAAUGUCUUCAGGUGAGGGAGAAAUGCAUUAUAAUGAGAUGGACGAGAUGCCAGUAUUGGUACAAGCUUGUUCAACAGAAAUGCCUUGCCAAACAACUAUUGAAAAUACAGCACCACUGUACACCACCCCUCCUAUUGCUUCACCUUUGCCUGAUUCACUUAGUGGCCUUCAUGGCCUCAGCCUUCUAUGUGCCUUAGCUGAGCAGCGCAUCCUGGAGGAGGAGCAUGUGGCGUGCCCUGCCCUGUCGUCCCUGGCUGAUGUGGCAGCCACUUCCCCAAGUGUUCCCACUUACCCACAGGAACGCACUGAUUCACCACAACCAGGCCCGAGUUGUCUGACAAAUUCACCCAGAAGAACCUUUGGGAGUGGAACUAGCACAGCCAUAUUUGGUGCAACUACAUUUGGAGCAUUAGCUAAUUCUUUUAGUACACCCAUUAAAGCCACUGAUGUAAAUAGGAAUUACAAGAGUCCAGAGUCUGAGCGUGAAGCAAAGGCUUUUAUUGCUAAUAAAGCAUCUCAGUACCAUAAAGAUACUGCUCUUGGCUUUAAAAUGCCAUCUGGUUUUCCUGUUGAUUCAAUGGAUCCAGCUGAGCUUGAUAUGCGUAUGCAGUUGGCCGAGUUGCAAAGAAAAUAUAGGGAAAAACAGCGUGAACUGUCUCGCCUGCAGCCUAAAAAAAUAACUAUGAGUCCUGCUAAAAGAGGCCCAGGUAGACCUCCAAAGAGAAAAAUACACAAUAAUGGUAUUCCAGGUAAGAGAAAAGUUGGUCGGCCACCAAAUAAGAAGAAGAGAUCCCCACAAAAAGAGCUGUCACCUCCAGUUCUAGAGAGAGUUACUGAUAUCCAGAUUAAAGAUACAGGAAAAGAUAGUGAUGAAGAGAAGGAUGAACCACGUAUGAAUAAAUCCAUUUUAAAGCCUCCAGUCCUCACUGCUACAUUUUCCACUCAUAUUACCCAUAAUGAAAGCCCAGAUUUGAUGCCCAAAACACCUGAAACACAAGUAUCUACUGAAAAAGAGGAAUCAGGAGAUGACGAAACAGAUAAAGACACAACUAGACGGUGGUCUGUUUCAUCAGAAGAUACUGCUCCACCAGAAUUAGGCUCUCCAUUCAAGUUACCAGCAACAGCACCUGAGACUCGACAAGAAGAAAGCGAAGAAGAGCAGGCAAAAUACAUUGCAAAUGAAACAUCUAUUAAAGAGCUUAAGGUCCUUCAGACGGAAACUUCUGUAGAGUCUUCACCAUCAGAUCUGGAGCAGCAGCCCCAGUCAUCAUCAUCCUCUAAGAAACGCAAGCCAGGCCGUCCCAAGAAACACUCACCCACAAAGGAAGAUGCAACUGAGACAAUAGUUGCCAAGAAGCCAAAGACUAUCAUAAGCUUUCAUCUACAUCGGCCUCUACUCUCCCACAAGCCAAAAAUGCGACCGAAGCUAAAAGCUGAACUCAAGGUACGAGAGGUUGGCCAAGAAGAUGAAGAUGCAGAGCCUCACUCACACUACAAGUUGUCCUCCAAUACAGACACCUCUAAGGACCACUCCGAAGAUGAUGAUGACCACAAGACUACAAUGUGUGUGAGUAAUGCUGAUGCUUUGCGAGGUGCAAGAAAAAGAGGAUGCCCACGAGGUCGCACAUCCCUCACUAGGAGAGCCAUGCUCAGAGAUAAGGAAAAACGUAAAUCUGCUGCAGAGAAACAGUCGCACAUGGAAGCUCUUUACAGAUCCCUCAAAAAGCACUCGACCAUGGCUGCUGCUGAGCACGAUGAAUCAGAAGAGGAGAGAGAUCGUGAAGAUAAAGAAGAAACUCAAGAUGCAGGUGCCGAGUCUUCUAGUAGUGAACAUGAGACUACCCAACACCUCACAACUGGUGACUCUGCUUCUUCAUCCACAACAUCUGCGAGUGUAGCAACCUCUUCCACAGACACCACUGCAACUACCACCACAGCUACCACCAUGACCACCAUGACCACCAUGACCACCACCACAGCCACCACUACUACCACUGUCACGGCAACCACCACUACGACUACAACCACAACUACUACCACCACCAGUGAUAUUACAAGACCCACCAUGCAAACACCAGAGCCAAGUGUAUGUGUUAUUGAGGUUGGUGAUCUAGUUGACAAGGCAAGAGUAUUGGUGCUACAAGAUGGGUUGCUAUAUGCAGGAAAUGUAGUCCCCAUUAGACCUCCUGAUGUGUAUGGUGUUGUCAUAGAUGGUGAACGGGGAUCACGUCCACAUAUCUAUUGUAGAGAAGAACUUCUAGAACAGUCGUGGAAGGAAGUGAAACCUGGUACCACCAGAUUUCUUGCAGAAGGAACCCGUGUAUGUGCCUUUUGGUCGCAGCAGUAUCGUGCCCUAUAUCCAGGUUCAAUAGCUGCGUCUACGUCUCCAGCACACGAAGCCAACCACAAUUUAGUGAAUGUAGAGUUUGAUGAUGGUGAUGCUGGUAAGAUCCAUGUGGAUGAUAUUCGCCUUCUACCUCCAGAGUUUCCAAUACUUGAACAUGAUCCAAAUCCCUUGAUGAGUCUCAACAAGAGGAAGCGUCGACCAACGGGAGACAGUCUCCCAGAUGUGAAAGAUGAUGUUCCAAAAUCCAAAGGAAAGAAAUCGAGGACAAUUUCAGGCAAUAAUAAUGAGAAUGAGAAAAAUUCAAAUAACCAAAAUGAUGAAAAUAACGAAGUGGAGAAGGAAAAUAAGAAGAGCUCUGUUAAUAUAAAAAACAAGAAGAAAGAAAACGAAGAAAAUGGAAAUACGAAGGUAAACAGAAAAAUGGAUAAAAAGAAACACAAAAAACAUAAGCACACUGAAUCAUCUCCACACCACCACCAUAAACACAAAACUAAACAUAAACACAAACAUCGGGAGGGUGAUAGGCCUCUACCACAUGUAGAACCCGGGGUGAACGAACUUACUGUGAGGAUCAAAUCUCCACCGCCUCCCCUUGGGGAGACCUGGAGACCCUCAUACCGUGAAAAAUCAGAAUCUGAAUUGGAUAGUUCCUCAUCAAAGAACCCAUCAGAGGAUGAAUCUGAGAAUAGUGAUUCUGAAUACACACCUAAAAAGGAAAUGGUUAAGAGUCCUGCACGACGGAAGAAGAGACACCCAUCAGGGAAAUCAAAGAUCGCACCAUUCCUACCAGAACGCCAGUUGUGGCGAUGGUAUGGAAAAGGCUUUAAAAGACCUGGAGCAAAGGGCAAAGGCAAGAAAGAAUACUUCAAAGCUAUUAUGAGAGGAAAAGAAAUGAUAAAAGUUGAAGAUUGUGCUGUGUUUCUUUCUGCUGGACAGCCAGACCAACCUUACAUAGGCAGGAUUGAACACAUGUGGGAGUCUUGGGGAGGAAAUAUGGUGGUCAAGGUUAAGUGGUUUUACCACCCACAGGAGACGAAAGGGUUAGGACGAAGAUUAACUGAGCCAAGGGGUGCUUUAUUUCAGUCUCCUCAUACUGAUGAAAAUGAUGUACAGACCAUCAGCCAUAAGUGUGAUGUCAUAGCUCUUUCUGAAUAUCGUGUAAGACGUGGGGAACUAGAGAAAAAAUAUGGACCUAACUAUGAAAAUUGUGAUGUGUAUUAUUUGGCAGGUUCCUAUGAUCCAACGAGUGGACAUAUAACUAUGGAGCCUGGUGUGUCGUGAGAGGUUACAGGCUUUGAUUAUGGAUUGUUCUGAUCCAUUAAGUUUUAGGAUAUCAGUAAAGGUCUAUUGUAAAGUGAAUAUGGAGUUUAAGCUUAAGUUAUUUGAUCAUUAUUGUAGAAAAUAUGCUCCUCUUCAUUUUCUCAAGAUAAAUGAGCUUUGUAAAGGUAAUAUUUUAUAAGCUUAUUGUCUAUGGCCAUGUAAUUUUUCAUGAAGGAUAUAGCCUGGAAAAAAUAAGCCUUAAACAUUACUCUCAAGAUGUAUAGCAUCUUUGAGGUAAGAAAAUAAUUGGUAAGGUGUGUGGAGUGAUGAGCUUAUGGUUUAGGUUUAUCAGAAGAAUUUAUUUUUAUUGAGUCAGUGAUAAGCAAUUAAAACACAUAAGUAGAAAGGGAAAGAAAUUUGUGUGCAAAAAAGUAAACAUAUAUAUACAAAUGGUACAGUAGCUUGCAUUAUUGUGUAAGUGUUUAAUGAUAGGCAGUUAAUGUCUAUAUUAGAUACUUUUAAACAGUUAUAAUGUUUUACUGUGAACAAAAAUGACAUAUAUUUAUAAAGUAUUUAAUAUAUCAUACUUUGAGUCUAAAGUAUGGCGCAACCCUUAUGCUUAAAUGUGUGUUUAAAAGAGUGUGAUAACAGUGAUAAUUGAUUUAGAAAAAGUCUAGGCCCUCUUUUAAGUCUCUUGAGUGGAAGACAGUAUUGUAGAUUUAUUGUCAGGGUAUUUUAAUUCCCUGCAAUUAUAAUUUCAGCUAUUAGACAGUGCAUUGCUUGUGGACAAUCACUUAAAAGCUGCAAAAUCAUGUAGGGAAUAACUCUGCUUCUGUUAUUACUUUUGGAGUGUGAAAGAUCAGAGGUGUCCUUCCAACUACCAAAAUUAUGCCUUUUUCUCACAACACCUUUUAGAUUUUAAGGAUUUUUAUCAUAUACAUGAGUACCUGCAAUAUUUUAUAUAGAUAUUUUAUUGUGUGGAUCAUAAUAUCUAAGUACAUAGAUAUAUAUGGUUUGACUAUAAUUAGAACCACUGCUAGUGUCAAAAGCUUAUUUUCUGGUGAUGCAAUAAUUUCUUGCAUGCCACUAUCAGUGAUAAUGACCAAGGGCAAGUGUUUUGUCAAGUAGAUGUAAGGAGAGUCUUCAAGGUUCUAUACAUCUGUCUAAACCUUUCUUUGCCUAAUUUAAAUUGGUUUAUUAAUGCAUUUCAGUGAUUUAAUGUUAAUUGCAUGUUGAUUUUAUUAAAUUGAUCAUUACGUGUUAUAGAUACUUAUUGUUAUUUAAUAUAUAUUAAGUUGACAUUUGUCGUAAAUGAAGAGAAAGACUGAAUAAGUUGAGUAGAUAUUAUGGUUGUAUAUUUCAAGUCAUGACUAAUGUGCAGAAGGCUGUCAGUGAGCUCUGAUUUGGAUGCUAUGUUUCCCCAUCAAAAGACAUUGACUAAUUAUUCAAUGUUACUAUGGAUCUCAUAUGAUAUAUAAAAUAUAUAAUGACUGUAGGAAACUAACAUCUUCAGAUUAUUCCAUUUUGUGUCCAUAAGAUACAAAUUUUGUAAGAGGAUAAGAGCUAAAACAAGUGUUUUGUGGAAGGUUUUGGGAUUUUUUUUGGAUGGAUGUAAGGUGAAUUUUGCAGCACAUUGGUAUGGUAUUGCCAGUGGAUGUAACUCGAAUGGUAGUCUUGUGUGUUGACUGAAAAGUGAGCACACCAUUCAUAAUGUCACUUACUUAGAAAAACUUAGUAAAACCUUUUAAAUAAUCCCAAAAUAAAUGUUGUAGCUCUGGUUGUUGAAUAAAGUGACAAGUCAUGCUGUACUCUUUCAGAUUUUGUAUCAAAAUUGUAGUUUAGAAGACCAAACUUUCACAAAAUGACACAAAGUUACCAUAUAGCAUAUUAGCCUAUACAGGUCGACCAUCACUAAUCCGGCAA